AUGGCCAACGAAUCCAAGCUUCAGCGUCGCGCAGAAUGGGCUCCGCACAAGGAGGUACUUCUCGCCUGGCCUGGCUUAGAGGGGGUUCUCAAGGAUCAUCCUGAAAGGUUGGCAAGGGCCACGCAAGAAGUGUCAAACAUUGCUGAAGCCAUCGCCAACUUUGAGCCCGUUACUCUUCUUGUGGGCAAUGAGCGCAUUACCGAGGCUGAGAAAUACUUUGCCAAAGUCGAUACACCGUUCCCAAUCAGGCUGCACCGUAUUGAAGGCGCAGAAUUGGGCAUAUGGCAGAGAGACAUGGCCCCAACCUUCGUCAUCAAGUCUGGAACAGACAUUAGCCUUGUUGGCCUUGAUUGGAACUUUAAUGGCUGGGGAGGUCGAUACCCGACUGCCACGACCACGAACCUGGCGAGAACGUUCCUGCAAGACGUCUCAAUCGAGCGGAUUGAGACCUCCAUUGUGACCGAAGGUGGUGCCCUCGAGGCGGACGGUGAAGGAACUCUGUUGGCGACGGAAAGCUCAAUCAUCAAUGACAACAGAAAUCCAGGCAAGAGUCGUCAAGAUGUUACAGAAGAGCUUCAACGUACUCUUGGAGCCGAAAAGGUCAUCUGGAUCCCUGGCAAACCGGGCGCCGACGCCAAGGACUGCCAUAUUGACGCCCUAGCCCGUUUCGCUAGGCCAGGUGUCGUCUUACUGAGCAAAGCCAAUGAGGUCACGCCGGGUGUCAGGACCACCGUCUAUGAAGAAGCUCUUGAGAUGCUACAAAAUGAGGUUGAUACAAAGGGUCGUCCGAUGGAGAUUAUCGAGAUAGAGGAACCCGACCCGGAGCUCUUCUCGGCGGGCGGCUUCGGGGAUGAUCCUGCUGUUCGAAGCUACGUCAAUUAUGUGCUGGUCAAUGGAGGCGUUAUUCUGCCACAAUUUGGCGAUCCGGCUCAUGAUGCUGCCGCCAUUCGAGUGGCGCAAACGGUCUUUGGCGACGAGAGAAGGAUCUACCCCGUUCUGAUGGAGGAACUGCCACUUUUGGGAGGCGGACCUCAUGCGGCGACGCAAGAAAUCCCCAUGUUCCCAUAG